GCAAGAUUAUAGAUUUAAAAACUUACCAAAUCUGUCAGCAAUUUUUGUAACCUGGACCGCACAAGUUCAUGCAGCCAAACUGCCGCUUCAAACUCUAUUGACACCUGUGAACUUUAGUCUUGACAUAUGUAAUUAAAGCGCUUAUGACUAUAGUAGGCUGCAAACCGCACACAGUAUAAAUUGAAAAGAUCGUGCGUGAAUAGUAAGCAGUUCACACUUAGUCUUAGGCUUGAAAACACUUCGACAACUUACAACAUGGUCGCUUUUAUAAGAGCUUUGACAAUUAUCUUUGCUCUACUUUGUGGUAUACACAUGUCAUAUGAGGAAACGACUCAAAGGACUUUCAACUUGACCGAGAAAAGUUGCUUGGGAAAACUUUCAUGCCAGAGAUUAAACACUGGAGUAUCUUCGAGACAUUGUCUUUCUGACUCAGAUUGCAACAGUAAUGAAUACUGCCACAAGUUUCAUCAAAUAUGUUUAAAAUCUCAUGAAUUUGUAAAAGUUUCACAGAAAACCUCCGUGAAGAGUUGUAAGACAAAUUCAAAUUGCCAUAAAACUGAGUAUUGCCAUAAUUUCUGGAAAAUUUGCCUCCCCAGUCAAAAAGCGUACAAAAAGCCAAGAAAAAAGCGACCUUCGUGGUUUUGUGACACAUCUAAUGAUUGCAAAACCGACGAACAAUGUCACAAAAGAUUUCACGCAUGCUACAAGAGACCAUCGGUUUCAGCUGUCCGAAGAGACACCGGCAAUUCCCGACGAUGUCAAAGUACAAGUGAUUGUGGCACGAACUUUUAUUGCCAUGAUCAUUUUUUUAUUUGUUUGGAAGACGUACCAACCGUAAAUUCAAUUCUUCCCAAGCGAACCAAUAAAAAGUGCAACAGAAGUAUCCAGUGCCCAAACAACAUGCUCUGUCACAACUUGUGGAAGAUUUGCUUCUCACCAGCAAAAAUCGUGAAUUUGCCAAAAAGAAAUAAAUCGCGAGGAUGUCUAAUAGACAGUGACUGUCUUAAAGACGAAUAUUGCCAAGAUAAAAAGAUAUCUCAAACAGUGGUUGCUCGGCAAAAGCGAGCCAUUCGCAGGAUUUGUCUUCCUCGAAUGCAUGCAAAGAAGCUCAAAUAUACGGUGCCAGAUGUGACCUGUACCACUGAAAAAGACUGUGGACCAAAUAAAACAUGCCUACGAAGUGUAAGAGUGUGUAUGUCAUAUAAGUUACCGGGAGAAAUGUGCUUGGUAAACAAGAGUGAUUUUGCAAGCGAUUGCGUAAGUGGAUCAUAUUGCAAAAGAAGAAGAAAAUGGGCAUCGCGUCGAAGAAUAAUAAAUAAAAUGAGACUUCCAGAAAAAGCAGCUAAUUAUCUCAUGAAAACAAGCAAGAAGAAAUUUGAAGUUGGAAGAUGUAUUCUAUCAACAUAAAAAUAAACACUAAAUGGCCUUUGGAAUGUAAAAAUUAACACAUGCAUCAGAAAAAUGCUAUACGCCAAAGAUGGACAGACCAUAAAAAUAUGAAAUACAGUUUUUGUAUUCACAAGUGACACAAAGUACAACAUGCUUGACAAUGAUUCAUUAACAGAAUUUAUAAUUCAUUAUAUCUUACACAGUAUAAUUUAUACUAUAUGCAGUAUUUUCUUGUAAAAAGUUUAUUUUUUUAUAGAUUAACAUGUCAUAAGUUUUCUUCUUUUACUUUAACUCGAUAAUUGCUUCAUUAAACUUUUGCAAAUAAAAAAUAUAAUAUAUAAAACCAUGCA